AUGGCGCCCACAGUUGAUCCAGAUCAUGCGACCUCCGCAUCGGAGGAGGAAAUUUUGUCUGAUGCAGCUUCGUCCUCUGACGAGUCCGAUUACCUCGACAGCGGCGCAUCUCGAAAGCGCCGUAGGACCGCAGAAGUAUCCCAGGAUGAUGGUGAAAAGAUUGACUUUGAAGACGACGACGAUGAUGACGAUGAUGAUGACAACGACGAGGAGUUGAAGAGAGUGUUAUCUACAAUUCAAGUGCCUUCUCGAAUUAAGCGAACUGGUCAAGCCGAGCAAAAGGAAGUUCAAGCAAAGCCUGCAAUCGCACCCAAAAACUCGAUUCAAGCCCCUACCGACCCGAACACCACUUUCUCAGCGCUCAAUGUGCGACCAUGGCUGGUACAAUCGUUAGGAAAUAUGGCCAUCAAGCGACCCACCGGUAUUCAAAAGGGCUGUAUUCCUGAGAUCUUGAAGGGAAGAGACUGCAUUGGUGGCUCCAGAACAGGAAGUGGUAAAACAGUGGCGUUCGCCGUACCUAUUCUGCAGAAGUGGUCUGAAGAUCCUACUGCGAUCUUUGCUAUUGUCUUGACACCAACCCGAGAGUUGGCGUUGCAAAUUUUUGAGCAGUUCAAGGCCAUCUCUUCUCCUCAAAGUCUCAAGGCCAUUCUGGUGACAGGAGGCUCAGAUAUGCGAACACAGGCAAUUGAGAUUGGAAAGCGACCGCACGUUAUCAUCGCAACCCCAGGACGUUUGGCUGAUCAUAUUCGCACUUCCGGAGAGGACACUAUCUGUGGAUUGAGGAGAGUUAGAUAUGUGGUUCUUGACGAAGCUGAUCGACUUCUGAAUGCCACUGGACCUGGCAGUAUGCUUCCCGACGUCGAGGAAUGUCUCUCGGUUCUACCACCAGCUACCGAACGACAGACACUACUCUUCACUGCUACCAUUACACCAGAGGUCCGCGCCUUGAAGGACAUGCCUAUUAAGCCUGGCAAGCAGCCAGUGUUUGUUUGUGAGGUCGAUACACAGUCGUUGGCUAUUCCUGCAACACUGAAGCAGAUGUAUGUCAAGGUUCCUGUUACUCACAAGGAACACUACCUCCACGUCUUCCUACUCACCGAGGCGAACGUCGACAAGACUGUCAUUCUAUUCUGCAACCGAACCUCGACCGCCGAUUACCUUCACCAUCUACUCCGAAUGUUAGACCAUCGAGUCACUUCUCUACACUCCAAACUACCCCAGAGGCAACGAAUCGACAACCUGGCCCGCUUCCGUGCUUCAGCAGCUCGUAUCCUCGUAGCAACCGACGUUGCUGCCAGAGGUCUGGAUAUCCCCGAAGUCAGCCUUGUUAUCAACUACGAUCUGCCUCGUGAUCCCGACGACUACAUUCACCGGGUUGGUCGUACAGCCCGUGCGGGUCGCAAGGGUGAGGCUGUCAGCUUUGUGGGACAGCGUGACGUGGAGUUGGCCCUGACCAUCGAGAAACGUGUCGGUCGCGACAUGGAGUCCUGGGAGGAGGAGGGCGUUAACCUGGAGACACGUGUGGUGCGAGAUGCGCUCAAGCUUGUGUCCGAGAAGAAGCGCGAGGCUUUGUUGGAGGUGGAGGAAGGCAGGGAAGUUGGUGGCAAGCGAAAGCGCACCAAACAAAAGUUACGUGUGGAAUAA